AGUCUCAAACGAUACGCGGUAGAGAGAGGACGUUGGUUUCAAGUUUUGCGGACAUCGCUUCAACUUUCCAACCUGCUUUUUGUGGAUUAACUAACAGUGCGUUAUUUUUUUUAGUGUUUUGGUUUUUACAGUGUGUGUGUUGUGAUAUUGUUGUGUGGAUAGAGUGUUUCGAUUUCGGUAUACGUACAGUGUGUUUCUAGUAAAUCAUGUUUUGUUGACGUAAAAUGUAUCCUAGUGCUGGAAUGAACGCAGCGGCCGCAGCAGCUGUAGCGGCAGCCCGCCAUCCGGGACCACCGCAACCCGGUCAACCGUUCAAAUUUACUGUCGGGGAAUCGUGUGAUAGAAUAAAAGAAGAAUUCAGUUUUCUUCAAGCCCAAUACCACAAUUUAAAAUUAGAAUGUGAAAAAUUAGCCAGCGAAAAAAUAGAGAUCCAAAGACAUUACGUAAUGGUAAGUAAUAUUUACAAUUAUUAUAAUUUGUAUGACUCUAAUAAUCGCGUGAUCAAAAUUUUUUUCAACUUUAACGCUUUAUAUCUCGCCAAAUAUGUCGAAAAAAACGCCACUGAAAUAGCGAAGAGACUGAACGCAAUUAUUGCACAGAUAAUGCCUUUUCUUUCACAAGAACAUCAACAACAAGUAGCGUCUGCUGUUGAAAGGGCGAAACAGGUUACGAUGACGGAACUAAAUCAAAUUAUCGGGCAACAAAGGCCCGAUUUACCGAGAUUGCUGCAGCAAAUGCACGCGCAACAGCUUCCGACGCACGCGGCGCCCCCUAUACCGAUGAUUCCUCACCCUAGUUUAGGCGGUGCUCCGCCUAGUACGGCGGCUAGUCUCUUGGGUCUAUCCGGCGGUUUACCUGCUCAACAUCCUCUUUCUAUGUUGGCUUCGAAACCGGAUCUGCACAGGCCGGACGAUGUCAAAUCGAAUAGCGGUAUCACAUCUGCCGAGGAAAGACACAGGAAUUCAAUAUCGCCCGCAGAAAAAUACAGACCGCGCACACCUCAAGAACCAGAAUUAAAAAAACCCAAAAAAGAAGAAAAAGAUCUUGGUCACCAUAGCGAUGGGGAAAAAAGCGAUCAAGAUCUCGUUGUAGACGACGCGUCCGAAGACCCAGUAUCACCCCCGAACGGCACCUCAUCCCCUAGAGAAAACGGCAUCGAUAAAUUACCUAAAAAAGAACAUCCCGGACCGCACAGUCCGAGAUCGGGUACGUCCAGUAACGCCUCGACGCCUUCGACGAAAAAAAUCGAAGAAAAACCGACGACGCCUAUAUCGAAACCCGUCACGCCGACAUCCGCUGCGGGAUCGUCUUCGGGAAGCGCUUCCGGCGGAUUGAAACCUAUCAAACAACAAGGUUUAGGCCAAUAUCCGCCCUAUUUAGCCAUACCGAACGGCGCGGCCCCCCACGACUUACAAGCAGCCAGUUCGUACGCGGGUCUACAUAACAACAUACCGCCGGCGCUUAACAACUACCCCAGGCCUCCGCUGCAAGUCGGAUACGAUCCGCAUUCCCAAAUGCGAGCUCCCGUAGUACCAGGUCUCGGGGGAAUACCGGGGGGGAAACCUGCUUAUUCGUUUCACGUGAGCGCCGACGGUCAAAUGCAGCCGGUGCCCUUUCCGCCGGACGCCCUGGUAGGACCGGGGAUACCCAGACACGCUCGUCAAAUCAAUACUUUAAGUCACGGGGAAGUUGUUUGUGCCGUUACUAUUUCCAAUCCCACCAAAUAUGUAUAUACAGGAGGGAAAGGCUGUGUUAAAGUUUGGGAUAUAAGUCAACCCGGUUCGAAAAGUCCCGUAUCCCAAUUGGACUGUUUGCAACGGGAUAAUUACAUAAGAUCUGUGAAACUUUUGCCUGACGGUAGAACACUCAUAGUGGGCGGGGAAGCGAGUAAUUUAUCCAUAUGGGAUUUGGCGAGUCCGACACCUCGAAUUAAGGCUGAAUUAACGUCUAGUGCGCCGGCGUGUUACGCUUUAGCCAUCAGUCCGGAUUCCAAAGUUUGUUUUAGUUGUUGUUCGGACGGGAACAUUGCCGUUUGGGAUUUACAUAAUCAAACGUUGGUGAGACAGUUUCAAGGACAUACGGACGGUGCUUCUUGCAUAGAUAUUUCCUCGGAAGGAAAUAAACUUUGGACCGGCGGGUUGGAUAAUACUGUGAGGAGUUGGGAUUUGCGGGAGGGUAGACAAUUGCAACAACACGAUUUUAGUUCGCAAAUAUUUUCAUUGGGCUAUUGUCCGAUGGGCGAAUGGUUAGCUGUCGGUAUGGAAAAUUCCAACGUCGAAGUAUUGCACGCCAAUAAACCCGAUAAAUACCAACUGCAUUUACACGAAAGUUGCGUAUUAAGUUUGAGAUUCGCCGCCUGCGGUAAAUGGUUCGUUUCGACGGGAAAAGACAAUCUUUUGAACGCGUGGAGGACGCCGUACGGGGCCAGCAUAUUCCAGUCGAAGGAAUCUUCAAGCGUUCUAAGUUGCGAUAUAUCAGCCGACGACAAGUAUAUAGUUACAGGGUCGGGAGACAAAAAGGCGACGGUCUACGAAGUAAUAUACUGAGAGUUGUAAAAAAAAAACGGACCAAGUGUAGUUAUAAAAUUAAUGAAAUUGUGAUAAUUAUGUGUAAUAAUGAACAAUGACUUAUCGUAUCGAAAUGAAAAUAAUCACACGUUUUUAAGAAUAUUAGUGAUCUGAUGUGAGAUACUAGAUUUUUAAGAAGAGUGAUCUCUCAUGACAAUUAUACAAAUACACGUUUUUUUUUUCUUAUUUAAUUUUAUGUAAAUAGUUAAAAAAAAAAAAAAAUUGACGCUGAUUAUAAAAUUGUGACAACUACGUGAAAUACUUAAUUUUUUUUAUUAUUAAAAUCCUCAGUUUUUUCUAUAUUAACGUACGAAAGUGAUUUCGUAUCUACCCGAAUCAAAAUCAUGAUGAAAACUCGUUAGUUGAGCGUUUUCGAAGUCGUACGAUCCUUUUAUCGAAAUUCCCUGUGUCUAACCUAACCUAACCUAACAUAACCUAAACUAACCUAACCUAACAUAACCUAACAUAACCUUACCUAACCUAACCUAACCUAACAUAACCUAACAUAACCUAACCUAACCUAACUUUUUUCGUAACCACAAAAGACAGUCUAUAAUUGGAUUUAAUGAUAAGUUUAAUAAAAAAGGACGGAAACAUCGAUUAAUUUCGACCCCCAUUUCCAAAAAGUAGCCCCCGAAUGAAAUUUUUCAAUUAAUUCGUAAAUUCAGUUUAAAAAGUCGAACCGGAAAUCAAUUAUUAAUAAUUUCCGACAUCUUUUAAUUCGAUAAAUGGAUUCUAUAAUAUCGAAAACGCUAAAUGAAUGUGUUGUAUCGUGAUAACGGCCCGGGUAGAUAUGGAUGCAUAGCCUAAUGUACAUAUAUACAUAUAUAAUUAUAUAAUAUUUAGACGCAUUGUUUUUUUUUUUUUUCUAUUAUUUUGUUAACUUGAAUUUUUUUUAUCGACUUUUGUCAGUUGAAAUAUGUAAACGACAGUGGAACAUUUUUAAAUAAAUUUUUUUGUUAAUGAAAGUAUACGUCAUCGUAAAAUUCAUUUCAUAGUACCACACAAAAAAAAAAUCAUUGCAAAUAACAGAAAUCUACUUAAACGUAACCUGACAAGCUUAGCAAGGAUUUUCUCCAACGGUAAAAGUAUUUAUGAAGUUACUAGUUUGGCUACCCGCGAAUAGAUGUCGCUGUUAUAGUUGUACAGCCGUUAUUAGUUCGAAUUAAUUAAAUUUUCUUUAUUUAUAAAUAAAUAUAUAGAUUCAAUUAAUUCAACAAAACAAAAACACGCAUUUUUUUAUUAAAAUAUUAAAUACCAUGUUUUAAAUUCUUUUGUUGUUAUUUUAUAGAUGCCGGAAACGGCGCCAUAUCCUACAACAAGUUUUCAAAUAUAAUAGAUGACUGCUUAUAUAGUUCGGCUAUUGUCUAAUAGAUGUCAUCGGUGGCGUCUUUAUCAAAAGUUAUUUUAAAUUUUUCGACGUAAAACGUAAAACGUGUCAGAAUUGCAGACAAUUUUCUUAUGUUUUCAAUUAUUCGUAUUAUUACGCAUCAAAAUGGCGCCGACUAUAAAUUUUUAGUGGUAACUUUAAUAAAAUUCGAGUGCGUAGGAAAUUUAUUCAAAAUUACACAAAGAGAUAAUUUACUUUCGAUCAGUUUAGUGAUCGAAUAUUUUAUACGGGGGUCUACGAAGUUUUUUAUCUAAAAAUUGUUGCGCAAAAUUAAAAAUUCCCACUGUUUGUUGUACAAUUAACGGAAACGUUUAUAAAUCAAGCUGAAAACAAGAAAAAUGUAUAUUGUCUAUAUAUUUGUAAUUAAAAUUAGUAUGAAAAAUGAAAAUAACUUUGAAAUGAAUUAUCGCGGUGUUGCCUAUGAACAUACUUACGAAUUUCGCUCAAAUUUUGCGUGUGCUGACUAAUUCAAUGACGUAACCAGCUACUUACGUCUAAAGGGCGUUACAAUAAUACGUGUGAUACAAUCGAAAAAAUAAUUGACGAUGAAAAUCAAUAUUUUCGAAUAUUUAUUUUAUGUUUACGAUUUUCUGUUACACGAAAUGAUCAAAAUCAUUUCGAAUAGUAUCUAAUUUGGAUUUUAACACUCUUUAGACUUUCCCUGUAUACGUCAGUGAAACUGGUGGCGCCCCAUUGUGUAAAAUCAGUGUUUUUCAUUUCAUUAAUUAGAUAGCAUUUGUUUAUGUUAUAGAUUUGUAGAUAUUCGAAAAAUAUAUCAUUGUUUUUAUUUUUAAAUA